CCGAAAGAACAUGAGAAGCUGAGCAAAUUGACAUGGUUGAGGGUAAUUGAGGGUACAAAACAGGUAAAUAUGCUCUAAAUGGCGGCCAUGGCCGUCUCGAUCUGACAUGAUAAGCGCCACCGGCAGCAGGGAUGCAGCCACUCAGAAUAGUUGAAAUUCGAAUCGAGGGGAUAAUGGAGCUCCGAACCUGAUACGUUGUCGAGUGUAACUAUGUUGAUCUGCGGCAGCCUGAAGAGGAAAUUCAGUUAGAGCUACGGGAGAAGACUGCCAGGAAGACCGGGUGGAUUCGAGCAGUUGACCGAAAGCAUCGACCUGCUAGUCAUGAAUUUGAGAUGCAUAAGAGCUUCAUCCCGGCUGCAAUAUCAAUUGCGCCAGUUAUGAUGACAGCGGUGUGAUGAAUUUUGAUAUUCACCGACAAAAGCGCGUACCACCAAGUAUCAAGUCCUAUCCGUGAUAAUGUUAAGCCUUCACGGAGUCGUAAACUUCGUCAAAUCCGGCGUGUCAUUAUUUAAAUCAAAUCGUGUUUCGUGUCACUCUCGCGAUGAUGAAUUUUAAUCGACGGCAUUUUCUAAAAGGAGGAUUUCUUAUUAUGAUGGUGGAAGGACGAGUGGGCAACGUGAAAAUCAUCAAGUUUGACCAAUGUGCUGUAAUUCUUUUCAUAACCCCCGCUUAUGCCAGGCUCCAUCAUUAAUCAAAUGAUUGCGUGCAGCGAGGAUCCACCGUUGUGAGUUGAAAUACGGGCAGGCGGUCGGGGGCGAUCAAACAAGAAACUCCGCAGAGAAGUUACACUACAGGGUAAUUUGCAGAUGAUCAAAGUUCGACAAUACAAAAUGUAGAAUGAUCGCUCAUCGAGUCCUCCCUGCUGCAAAAUUUGGUAAUUUAGGUGGUCGAUCACAGACAAAGCAACAAUCCAAUCUCAUGUCAGGAAUUGAUGAAGAUGUUAAUGGCUGCACACGAGACUGAUUUAGAGCAUCUGAUUGGAGUGCUACAAAAUUCUGCACUCUUUCAAAUCGAGGGAUGGUAUGUUAUAGAGAUAUCAUGGCGUAGAAAUUGUGCCGGGUAUAUAUUUAAUACUGUUCUUUUCAAGUUAACUGCUGUGCUGUGAAAGCCAUGCAGACUACCGCGUACAACGAAUGGCCAGGGGCGAACGGCACCCAUGAAAUUCUCUCGCCCGCAGAAAUGAACGUGGACGAAACCUUAGCAGCGACACCGCAGAUCAUCUACCUCACCCUCAAUCAAUUCCUGCUCCUCUUCUGGGAGUUUCGACUUCAGUUACUCCUCUGGAAAUACGUAUCACCGGUCCUAAUUUUUCUCGGGACAGUCUUAAACGGUUUGACAGUAAUCGUCCUGCUGCGACGAAAGUUCGGUAAAUCCUCGACAAGGAUGCUGUUGAUUGUCUUAGCCUUGGCGGAUACUGCUGUUUUAUGGACGGGGCUUUUGCGACAAUGGGUAAAAAGUCUAUUUGAACUGGACCUCAGGUGUUUGAUGCCUGUAUCCUGUCCUGUGCAUACUUUCUCCACGUACCUUUUCCUUCACUUCGCGAGCUGGCUUGUCGCCUUGUUGACCUUAGAACGAUGGAUCUCCGUCACCUUUCCCUUGAAGGCAAGAGUCAUCUGUACGAGAAAAUGGACAAGUGUUGUUCUGGUUAUUCUAUUCCUAUUUCUUUUUGCACUUAAUUCUCACAUCCUUUUCUUUACCAAAAUAAAACAAAUUGAUAAUAAGCUGUCCUGCACACAUUCAACAGAAGUUUAUGGCGAUUUCUGGAAACGUGUAUGGUACUGGUUCGAUUUACUCUCCUACUCUUGUCUCCCUUUCCUCGCUAUAGCUUUCUGUAAUUGGUCCAUUUUAUACAAGGUCAUCAGAGGUCAAAUCAAGCGCAAUAAACUUCAGAACCCGGGAGGAAAUAAAAAUGGCCACUCACGGCAGUUGACAAGCAUGACAUACAUGCUGACUACAGUUAGUAUUAUGUUCAUUUUAUUGACCUUGCCAGCUUCUAUAUUUUUCAUAAUUCAAGAUCACGUGGAAAUUAUUACCUGGCAACAGAAUGUCGAACUGAGGCUAAUAUAUGCCAUAACAAACUUACUUGGCUACGUUAAUAAUACAAUAAAUUUUCUUCUCUAUUGCGUGAGCGGCACACAAUUUCGACGAGAGGUAUUCCGAAUGAUCUGUGGGAUGAGGCGUGCCGAACACGGCAGAAGUUCUGUACAUAAUCCCAGCCAGACUUACACACAGACACUUGAGGACUAGAGGUCAUUUAAGACUAAGUUAUAUGAUACGGCCCGUUUGCGAGUGAGUCCUACUAGCCCCUUUUAGUCUAGACUGGCCUGGCCCGUCCCACUACAAGAGUCAGCUCAUUUCGUCAGCCUCGGCGGACUACGCGGUGCCUGGCCUUGGCCAGUGUGUCCAGCGCUACCACUGUGGCUAUCGACAAACCAGGACAGAACAAGAUCACACCGGCGCAGAAUACGCUGCUGAUGCAACCAUGCAGUCUAAUGUUGGUGGUCAAUCCUAACACUAUAGCGAUAAUCAUAAUUACUUCGUUGAGUUAUCGCCUGUGUUACGAUGUCAUCAAUGUUUGUCACCCAUUCUCCGAGUAGACUUAAUAUUCAAGCGAAUUCUCCCUGCCAGUAUAGCUUCAAUUCGUAAAGUCAUCACAGCUUAACUAAGCUUUCUAGUGACUGAAAGUAGGCUAGUCUCGGUGAUAGAUUCGCACUUCCAUUUGUAAAGUCAUCACAGCUUAACUAAGCUUUCUAGUGACUGAAAGUAGGCUAGUCUCGGUGAUAGAUUCGCACUUCCAUUUGUAAAGUCAUCACAGCUUAGCUUAACUAAGCUUUCUAGUGACUGAAAGUAAGCUAGUCUCGGUGAUAGAUUCGCACUUGCUUUAGGAGUAAAAUUACAAAAUAUGUCUAACGUACUAUUUUAACAAUGUAACAACUUUUCGCCUGCCGAGACAUGUAAGAAGCCCUAUAGUUAUUAGCCAUGGCCUUGGCUUUCCAAAUGCUAUAAUGGCAUUUUUGCGUUUUUUACCAAACGGAAAAAUUGCACGUGACCACCUAGUUGUAUGAGCAUUCUCGAUUUGAAAUCAUGGCAACAAUCACGGGACAUAAAAUAAUGAACAAUUACAAGACCCAUUCAUGUGUUUCAUAAUAGCAAAAUCGUCCUCACAUUGUCAACAAAUAUCAUUAUUGAUCAGAAGCAAUGAUAAACAAUGAAGGACAGAGCAAGUUCUUUUUAAUCAUCAUUAUUCAAGUAGCCUGAGAAGUAACAAUAGAAUCGUAGAAGUCAAUGACGACAGAGUAUGUAGUAAUUAUCCUUGUGGCCCAAUAUAAACUCCCAUUCCAUAGUAUCCUAUAUCACAUUUUCUGAUUCUUGAUGAAAACUAAUAUCUACUGGAUGACUGUAACAAUGGGCCAAGAGAAACGAUUAAACCGAUGAAGAGGAGCGAUGCCUGGUGAUUUAGGAGGUCACGGGGUGCCGGUCGGGUAGCGAAUUUUUUUUCUUGAACCUUUCGGGCAGUACAUUGUACAUUUGUACACAGCAGAUAUGCUUAUUACCUCAGAAAUCGAACCCUUAAAAGGGCCUUAUGGUCCCAAAGUAGGGGUCAAAAAGUUGAUGUCAUCGAAUCAUGUCAACACGGGUAUCAAAAUGAAGGUCCUUGAGGUAACUUUAGCAUGGCAUAGUUUUUGGCCUCUUUGACGAACCCUGGGACCCUUCAGAGUGGACCAAAAUGGCAAAGGUGGCUCCUUUGACCCCCUCCGACAAGCUUCAUGGGCACUACGGAUGGAUAUAAACUUUUUUGAUUGAAGGUCACUGGUGUACUGUAACCAAGUGCAUCCCGUUACUUUUUAAAUUAGUUUUCAUUAGGGAGUAAAUCUUAGCCCAACAACGAGUAUAACCAAUAAGAUGCUUGACGAAACAAGCACGAUAUUGCUGAAUGACGUGUUGAUUUGACGCGGACGACGGGAUAAAAAAGCAGAAAUCAGUGAGUUAUUGACCUGCGACAGGCGUUGCUAUGUUGAUAACCAGUGCCAAGGAGUUCAUUUAUAAUCGAAGUUUGGACAGGCAGGAAUCAAAGAAGUGAUGUUUAUUGAGUAUUAGCUCAGUAAACUUAGAAUACGAUUUUCUGAUCGGGGACUUAAGUGCGAUUUGUGUGCCUUUUGUUGGCCGUGUUUAUAACUCGUAUCUUAUCUUGUGUCAUCAAAAUGGAGGAACGCAACACGCCAACGCUUGAGGGUGCUUCCGCUACUAAUCACUCGGAAUGGCCAGGUUCUGAUCUGAUCGACUCCACCACAUCGUGGAAGCGGCUUCUCGAGCACGCCCUGUGGGUCCACGUCCCCCCAGUGCUAAUCGUCUCGGGAACUAUUCUCAAUGCAAUAACUAUUACAGUUCUUCUAAGUCGGAAAUUUGGCAAGGCUUCGACGAGGAUU